UUUAUAAAAUACUCCUUAAAUAAAAUACAGAUAUAGAUUUGCAGAUUUUGGAAUUCGGUUGGAUCCGAGCACCUCUAAUUCGAGAAAUCGAAGUAUGUGUUUGUGAGAGUUGGACUGCUCUUAACUUCAUUUGAAUUUGUUGCUGUGAGAGUUGGACUGCUAUUUGACUAUUCAGUUGGAUGAAUUUCUGGUUCAAUUGGAUCUGAUCUGAUUGAGUUCGCAUCGCACUUCCAACAGGAUGACUGAGGCGCAGCUGGAUUCAAAUCAACCGGCCGAGGCUAUUGAUGGCCCCAGAAAUGUGCUGGAUUUGGGAGCAUUUGUUGGCGAAUUGACUGAUGAAGACGACGCGGCCAGUGAUGAUUUCUCACUCCAAGGACUAGAGCAGGAGCUUGAAGACUGUAAAACUGACGAUGUGGUUUCUAUGAUACUGUCGAAAGGUUCAUCAUUGCGGGACUACACUAGGGAUGUUGAGAACAAUCUAAGGCAGACUGAACUCGAGUCUAUUGAGGAUUAUAUUAAAGAAAGUGACAAUCUAGUAUCUCUUCAUGACCAAAUUCAUGAGUGCGACACCAUCCUUUCACAAAUGGAAAAUCUCCUUAGUGGAUUUCAGGCAGAGAUAGGUUCAAUUAGUUCUGACAUAAAGAUUCUUCAAGAAAAGUCUAUGGAUAUGGGGCUCAAGCUAAAGAAUCGAAAGGCAGCAGAAUCGAAAUUGUCUAAAUUUGUUGAGGAAAUAAUUGUUCCGCCAAGGAUGAUAGACAUAAUAGUUGACGGAGAGGUGAAUGAGGACUAUAUGAAGACCCUUGAGAUUCUUAGCAAAAAGCUCAAGUUUGUUGAAGUUGAUAGCAUGGUGAAAACAUCUAAAGCUUUAAAUGAUGUUCAACCUGAACUAGAAAAGCUUCGUCAAAAAGCAGUUUCAAAGGUGUUCGACUUCAUGGUUCAGAAACUAACCGCUUUAAGGAAACCCAAGACAAAUGUUCAGAUUCUUCAGCAAAGUGUUCUUUUAAAAUACAAAUAUGUGAUUUUGUUUAUGAAGGAGCAUGGGAAGGAGGUGUAUCUUGAUGUUCGUGCUGCAUAUAUUGAUACCAUGAAUAAGGUCUUAAGUACAAAUAUUCGAGCUUAUAUUCAAGCCUUAGAGAAGCUGCAAUUGGAUAUAGCAACAUCAAAUGAUUUGAUUGGUAUUGACACAAGAAGCACCAGUCUUUUUUUGAGAGGAAGGGAACCAUUGAAAAAUCGGUCUGCUGUUUUUGCCUUAGGAGAAAGGAUAAAUAUCCUCAAGGAAAUUGAUGAAUCUGCUUUGAUUCCACACAUAGCUGAAGCCAGUUCUAAAAAGUAUCCUUAUGAAGUCCUUUUUAGGAGCUUGCAGAAGUUGCUUAUGGAUACUGCUACUUCUGAAUAUCUAUUCUGUGAUGAAUUCUUUGGAGAAGAAUCAAUGUUUUAUGACAUAUUUGCUGGUCCUUUCUUAGUAAUUGAUGAACACAUGAACACGAUUCUCCCUAACUGUUUUGAUGCCAUUGGUUUGAUGCUCAUGAUUCGUAUUAUAUACCAGCACCAGCUUAUAAUGUCUCGGAGGCGAAUACCAUGUCUAGAUUCAUACUUGGAUAAGGUUAAUAUUUCUCUAUGGCCACGGUUUAAGAUAGUGUUUGACAUGCACGUGAACAGCCUACGAAAUGCCAAUGUCCGGGGUUUAUGGGAAGAUGAUGUGCAUCCACAUUAUGUUAUGAGACGCUAUGCAGAAUUUACGGCUUCACUAAUUCAACUUAAUGUGGAUUAUGGAGAUGGUCAGCUAGAACUCAACUUGGAAAGAUUGCGAAUGUCAGUGGAUGAUUUGCUUGUCAAGCUCGCCAAAUUGUUCCAGAAACCAAAGUCACAAACUAUAUUUUUGAUAAAUAACUAUGACAUGACAAUUGCUGUACUGAAGGAAGCCGGUCCCGAUGGUGGAAAAAUUCAAAUGUACUUUGAAGAGUUGCUGAAGAGCAAUACGGCCAUUUAUGUGGAGGAACUGCUUGCAGAACACUUCCGUGACCUAAUCAAGUUUGUAAAGACAAGAGCUUGUACGUCUCGCAACAUAUUUUUUUUUUAUUAUAAUUGUAGAUUGUAUUUCUGGGAAAUUGGUCUAUAUUUGAUUUUUAUCCAUGAAUUAUCAGCUGAGGACCCAAGGUCAGGGUCAGGGCAGCCAAUUACUGCGAGUGAAGUUGAAAUUAUCGUCAAGGAUUUUGGCAGCAGAUGGAAAGCUGCAAUAGAGUUGAUGCACAAUGAUGUUAUUACUUCCUUUAGCAACUUCUUAUGCGGUAUGGAAAUUCUGAGAGCUGCUCUGACUCAGUUACUGCUUUACUACACCAGGCUUUCCGAUUGCACGAAGAAAAUUGCUGGUGGGUCUGCCUUGAACAAGGAUUUGGUUUCCAUAUCUUCAAUAAUGUAUGAAAUUAAGAAAUAUUCUAGAACAUUUUAGUGUUUCAUUUCAUUUUUCUUGAGAUCAGUGUACUAAAAAGACAAGCUUGGCGUUUGGAAAUCUUACUUGUAAGCUGUUUGUGCACUACUGUUUGUAAUCAGCUCUGGAUAUUCUGUUUGCAUGUUUAGGUUUCUUUGUAUAAACCACAUGAUCAAAUGUAACAUCCUUGGACCUACUCAAGUAACAA